CAAUCGUCUGUCAGGCGGAUCAGAUCAGAGCUGUAAUACACAGCAGCAGGUCCACCAGAUGAGGCUGCGGCCCGAUACACAAGUCCUGGAAAAACAACAGUCGAAAAAGCAGCAUAAUCCCACAAUUACUGUAACAACCCUGGCUGACCAAGGCUCGCUCCCAUACAGAGCGCUCUGGCAGGCUCAUGUUUGAAAGCCGAAUAAUGUGAUACAGGACGUCUCUGGCCUCUUGUGUACGUUUUUAGAUGGGUCAUUCACGAAACACUGACCGGCCGUUUCCAUUAAUAACAAUGUCACAUCCUCCCGCGAUGAGACGACGCUACUAAACAUAAUGUGGGGAAUGACUGAUAUUGUUUUACAGCUGAUAAAUCUGCCAGUGUGUUGAUUCUUUAAACUCGGUUAUCAGCUUAGAGCCACACCUUGUAUCUUUCUCCCCUGGGCCCUCACACUCCAGUUUUAGUAUCAGCUUUAGGAAGACAGGACAAGCGUCUCUGGCUUUGUCUUGGUCUCUGGCGUGUUGAUAUAAACCUCAUGCUCGUCCAAUGUAUCAGAACAGUUAAUCCAAGCAGGGUAGUUGAGUGUAUUUAUUUAAAUGUACUAAAUAUUUUGCAGGUCUGCGCUGUAAUAAAAGUCGAGGUCGUAAAAACUAGGAUUUUGGACUAAUUUAUUCGUUCUUUAUCAGCCUCCAUAGUAACAUGUCUGUUAAUCAUCUGCCAGUCUGGAGGUUUGAGGCCCUGAAAAAAAAAAAAAAACACGAAUAAAACCAAACCUUAUUAUAUUCCGUUUACAGCGGUGUCGGGCAAAGAUAUUUUUACAGUGAACAGCGGGGCGUUGGUAAUGUUGGAUAUUUUUUACUUUGAAAUGACUUGAGAGAUUGUCUGAGCAGUAAGUGCAGCUGAAGAUUGAAAUACUAAAUGGAAGUCCAGCCUUGAAAACAGUGAAGCACCGUCGGUGCAUGCUGUGCGGUCUUUCUUUUUUUCCAGGUCUGUAAUUCCCUUCUUUCAGAAUUUCUCUCGACAAAGCGCCCGUUGCACAUGCUGCUGGGUGUGUAGGUGGAGGGAACAAUGUGCAAAUGUUGAGUCCAGAGAAACACCCUCCAUGUCUGGAACAGUUGCCAUGUCUUCUGCAGGGUGACGGGUGGUUUACAAGGAGCCCCUUUAAAAUGAGAGGGACACAAGUUGAAACAUGAAAGGAAAAGAAAAUAUCAAGACAUCAUGAAAAAUAACAGCCCCAAUCUAAUUUAAAAAGAAAUGCCUAUAUACAGCAUAUAUGCACCAAUGAAUAAAGAUAAAGUAUAUUGCAUUUGUAUCUCUCUUCAUCUCACUCUUUGUGCUUUUGUCAAGGAUGUUCCUUCAGACCAAAGCUGUUUGAAUACACCACAGAUUCCUGAUUUUAAAAGACAAGUAUGCUUGUUUAUUCAGUAACAACCACAAAUGAGUUGUUCUGGCUCUGGAUACUACAAGUAUCUGUUCAGCUGUUGCUGAACAAUGACCAUUGUGCCUAUAAAUGAUACAGAAGCAAGGCAAGGCUUACACAGUGUGCAGACUUCACAAUAAAGGAUAAAAACUAUUCAUCAGACGUCAUAUAACCCAUAAUAUGUCUUGAUAUUCUGUGUUUUGUAAAACUCCGCUUCUUUUGCGCAGCCUCUUGGUAUUAAAUGUGCAUCGUCAGCCUGAAGCCCACUCCCUGACCAUGCGCACAUGAAUCAUGCACAGUCCACUCUCCACAUCUCACUCCUGUGGUCCCCUCCGCCCGAAUCUGUCUCUAUAUAAACUGCAGGGAAACCCCAUCAGAGCAACAUUGGAGGCUCGCUCCCAGCUGGAUACUAUCGAGACGAGAAGCCACAGCAGCUGGAACAGUCGCUCCGGGAUUUAAGCAUCAAAUGUUUUUAUAAUUAUUAUUUUUUUGCAAGAACGUGAAAGUGAACUUUGUGUUUUAGCCAUGAUGCUGAUCUGUCGUGGAAACUGCUUGAUCUGGUUUGAUCUGACUUGUUGAGGUGGUGGUAGCUGAGGCGCAAUAGGAAUAAAGAGGGAAAACUCGAACUUAUUCCCGAUUUUAGGAUAUUAGGACGCAGUUAAGAUGUUUAGACACAACUGAUUAAUGAGAAACAACAUUUAAGAAGUCCACCUGAAGCACGCGAAACUGUUUUUUUGAAGUUCUUUUAAGAAGAAAGAAGUUGUCUUCUGUAAUUUUGGGGGUCUCUCCUCGUCGUGAACAAGUUAAAAAGCACUGCUCCGCAAAGCGGCAUCAUGCUCUCCAGCGUUCGCCGUCACAGUCUCCGCCUGCAGACCGAGCUCCACCGGUGGAGCAUCUGCGACACCGGCAGCCACCUGCUCUCAGACAGCCUCCUGGCCCGGGUCCCCGCCUGCAUCUCCCGCUCCAAGUCCUGCAACAGCUCCGCCGGCGAGUCGGACGGAAGCCGCGGGAGCUGGUCGUCCUCGGACUCGGUCAUCUCUACCGAUUACUCCGGGGAGCCGGUGGAAGUCGGAAGCCCGUACCGGGUGGUGCUGUUAGGGGCGAGCGGGGUCGGUAAGACGGCCUUUGCAAGCAUCUUUGCCGGGGCAGCGGACAGCAUGGAAAGCGAUGAGUGCGAGCUGUGUGGAGAUGAAGUGUGUGAAAAGGAAAUCGAGGUGGACGGGGAGCCUGCAACUAUAACUCUGCUUGACACAUGGGAUACAGAGGCUGACAAUGACUGGGCCCAGGAGCACUACAUGCAGACGGGUGAUGCCUACUUGUUGCUUUACUCCAUAACUGACCGGGCCUCCUUCCUGAGGGCCUCGGAGCUCAGGAUAACCCUGCGUCGCUCCCGCCCUGCCCAGCACACACCGAUCAUCCUGGUGGGGAAUAAGUGUGACCUGGUGCGACGCAGAGAGGUGCCAGUAAAUGAGGGCCGCACCUGUGCCGCUGUGUUUGACUGUAAGUUCAUCGAGACCUCAGCUGCCAUGCAGCACAACGUCUGGGAGGCUUUCCACGGCAUAGUGCGACAGCUGCGACUGCGCCGAGACUCCAAAGAAGCCAACAAGCGCCGCAAGCACACGAAAUAUAACACACGGCGCGAGAGCAUUCCUAAAAAGGCCAAACGCUUCCUCGACAAGAUAGUGGCGAAGAACAACCCCAGCGUGGCGUUCUGGCUCAAAUCCAAGUCCUGCCAUGACCUGUCUGUGCUCUAGGAGGCUGACAGUUGAUCCAGCACCUGGUUUUUGAGCAGGGGAACAAGGCGCAGGCAUGAGAAUAUGAUCUGCACACAUGGCUGGAGGAAAGCCUGCUUCUGAAAAGGCUAAGAGUUGGAUGGUUCAAACUUUACUGUGAACACAUCCACCCUCCACACCGAACAGGGCCAGAGGUGUUUCUGCACUGUGGUCCACACGUUGCAGAAUAAACUAGAUUGAGCUUCUCAAUUUGCCAGCGUCUGUAAUGGACUGGACAAUCUCUUAUAGAAGCGAUGCUUCGGUCUGUCGGACACUUGUCACAGAAAUGAUUGAGCUGUUGAUGGAAACUGAGAAGAGAAGUGAUUUUUUUGUUCAUUUCUGUGUGCGUGUGAACAAAGACGUUACUAUUUUUUAUCCUGUUUUCUCUUUCCUCAUCAUUUUUGCUCCCAUUCUUGACAAAUUUGUCACCUGUGCUAAGAUCGCCCGUGAUUAUUAUCUGUGGUUAUUGUCUUACGUUGUUCGUAUGAAAUUACUUUUAUUUAUCAUUGUUGUAAAUAAAUAGCAGAUUAAUAAUGUACCAUAUUUUGCUACUUGAGAGUUGUUUCAGUAUCGCUUGAUGAAAUAAAGUGACAUCAUCUUCUUUGGAAGACAAAAAUAA